AUGCUCGUUACACAGGUUCUGAAUGAAAACAACUACUCUUCUUGGAGUAGAAGUAUGAGGAGAGCCUUGCUUUCCAAGAAUAAAAUAAAGUUUGUUGAUGGGUCCAUAAAGAAACCCCAGAAAACUGAUACACUGUUUGAUGCAUGGGAAAGGUGCAACAUGAUGAUUUUAUCUUGGAUAACAAAGGCUCUUUCACCACACAUUGCUGAAAGCGUCAUAUAUGCUGAAGAAGCUAAGGAUUUAUGGGAUGAACUGAAAGAAAGGUUCUCUAAAGGUGAUUAUUUCAAGAUUUCAGACCUGCUUCAGGAUAUACAUUCUAUCAAACAAGGAGAAAGGGGAGUGAGCCAGUUCUUCACAGAUCUGAAGAUUCUGUGGGAAGAGUUAGAGUCCCUAAGACCCAUACCAACCUGCACAUGCCAGGUCCCAUGUAGCUGUGAUCUUUCAAGGAUAUUCUUGAAGUACAGAGAAAUGGAACAUGUGAUAUGUUUCUUAAAAGGUCUUAAUGAUUCUUACAGUACAAUCAGAACACAAAUUCACCUCAUGGAUCCUCUUCCCAAUAUCAAUAGGGUCUUCUCUCUUAUUAUGCAACAAGAAAGACAAGAAAAGCAAGGUGUUGUUGAUAUCAAAGCUCUAGCCAGUAUGACUGACAGAAACAAUCAAUGGAGAAACCAGGGAAACCAAGGAAGAGGUUAUGGAACCCGUGGUCAAGGAAGAGGAAGGGGAAGAAAUCCUAACUAUGGCAAACAAUGUUCAUAUUGUAACAAAAUGAAUCACACCAUAGACGAGUGUUAUUCUAAGCACGGGUAUCCACCGUGGUACAAGAAAGGAGACAACAACCAAGAAAAGAGGAGUGACUGGAGUUCUGUGAAUAUUUGUCAGAACAGUACCGAACCAGAAGGGACUCAAAACACACAACAGACUGGUAAUAGCAAUGUUUUUAAUUCAUUCACAACUGAACAAAUGGAAAAACUUCUCAGAAUGAUAGAUAGAGCUGAUGAAUCCUCUCACAAAAUCAAUCAAGUUUAA